UUUUUCUCUCUCAGUAAGUUAGUCGGUCUCGGUUGAAAUACUUGUGUGCUCUAAUUCAGUUUGUAAUUAUUUUAAAAUUGAAUAUAAUAAUAAAAACAGUUAUCUGUGACUCCAGAACUUCUUAUACUCGUUUUAGAAUAUAUUUAAAACAUAAAUAUAAAAUAAGAGUGAUCUAAUUGGCCUACUUUACGGAUUUUCUCUACCAGCUACGUCAACGAUCACGAAAUGUCUCACGCUCGUUCACCAACUGUGGUGGGUGUGCAGAACUUCAAUGCUCAUGAAGAUGCUGUCGCCCUCCGAGAGGCCAUGAAAGGCUUUGGCACUGAUGAGGAGACCAUCAUCCAGAUCCUCACAUCGCGCUCCAAUGCACAACGCCAGGCUAUAUCUCAGGCCUUCACCCAUGAAUUUGGCAGGGAUAUAAUCGAAGACCUAAAGUCAGAACUGGGCGGUCACUUCGAAGAUGUGAUCGUGGCUCUCAUGCUGCCCCCGGAGGAGUACUUGUGCAAGGAGUUGCACCACUGCAUGGAGGGCAUGGGCACCGAUGAGCACACACUCAUCGAGAUCCUAUGCACCAGGACCAAGAAGGAGAUAGCAGCCAUUGUGGAGGCAUAUGAACGAUUGUACAACCGUCCCCUGGCUGAGCACAUGUGCUCCGAGACCUCAGGAGACUUCCGGAGGCUGCUCACACUGAUCGUCACCUCUGCCCACCAGGGGGCGCGCGACGAGGAGGCCGGCGUGGACGCGGGCCGGGCGCAGGAGGCAGCUCAGGCACUGUACGACGCCGGUGAAGCCAAGUGGGGCACUGAUGAGGAGGUCUUCAACAAGAUCCUGGCCCACGAGAGCUUCGCGCAGCUGCGUCAGAUCUUCGAGGAGUACAAGAACAUCUCGGGGCGCACCAUCGAGCAGGCCAUCAAGUCUGAACUGGACGGGGAACUCAAGGAGGCUAUGUCCGCGAUUGUUGAAUGCGUGGAGAGCGCGGCCGCUUGGUUCGCGGGCCGGCUGCGAGCCGCCAUGCAGGGGCUUGGCACCGACGACCGGACCCUCAUACGCAUCGUGGUCAGCCGCUCCGAGCUAGACCUCGGCCUCAUCAAGGCGGAGUACGAGCGGCUGUACGAUAAAACGUUGGAAAGCGAAAUAAGGCAGGGAGAGACUUCCGGGGACUACAAACGCGCCCUGGUGGCUAUCCUGGGACCGGCCUAAGUGGAUAACAGAAGAGUUCUACGUGUUCUAGAUUAAAAUCAUAUCGAUGCUUAACUGCCAGUAUCUCUUUACACGAAUAAGGACACAGAAACCGUCUUAAUUCCGAAUUUACUCCAAAAAGUAGUUUUUUUUAAGGUAAAUUCUCAAUAUAGUGAAAAUUAUUUUUUAUGUACUAUAAAAAAAGGAGAUAUGUAAGUUAUAAAAAAAAAGUACAAAAUUAUAAAUGUCAGUUAGGAGGUUUUGGUGGUUAAACGUCGGUAAGGAGAACGCAAUAUGAAGACAGAAUUAAUGCCAAUUAUUGAAAGAUUGUAUAUGGGAUACAACAUAUCUUGUCAUCACCGCCAAGUAGCUAUUUUUACCAUCUCUUUCUUUUGGCUAAUCUAUUGAAGUGUGAGCGAGACGGAGGACAUCUGAACUGUCAUCCUAAGUUUAUAUUGGCUUCAAUUCUGUGAUCACGCUGCAAUCUUCAUUUCAUUAUAAUCUCUUGCUGGUAAUGUUCAUUGUCGUGCGUAUUGACUCAGGUGUCGUUGUGUGUAUUCAUGUAAGUUUAGAUAUACAGUUUAAGUUUUGCGUUGUAUCCAUUGUGUAAUGGUGUUAUUGCACAAACUCACUAAUAAAAAUUGUACACUGUUAUUCGAUUUCGAUUCGAUUAUAAAUAUGUAAUACGAGUCGAAUCUUAAGACGAAACAUAUCGACGGUUAACCGCGAAUUUAGGUGUCUAUAACCCUUUCAGACUUGAACGAUACGGGUGUGAGUUGUAACUUUAAAAAAUUCUAAUCUCGAGCGCAAUUCAUUUUUACGCACGAAGCUGAAAUAACAUGGUAGUGAGAUUCUAAACCAGCCAAUAAGAAAUCAUUUUAGCGGUUACGUGGUGCAGUAGUCUCGUGCGUGCCGGCAAGAUGGCUUGGUUCCAAAACAUGAAAAUAUAUUUAAUCUGAAAGAAAAAAAAUCUUGGGUCUGAAAGGGUUAAGAGAUUGUUUUCAGCGAUAAGGCUCAGUACUCUGUGUAGGCAUUUAUAAGGCAUAAUAUUACAAUUUAUACUUUUAUAUUAAACUUUUAAAUUACUUUAGUGCAUAAUUGUAUUUUUUUAUGUCCAAUAAAUCUUUAAUAUUAUCUUUCUUUUUGUGCGCCUUAAACAAUGUUAUAUAUGUUAAUACAUAAAUAAAAUACUUGUAGAAAACAAAAAAAUAUAGUAAUUCUGAUGUAAUUUCUGCGACUAUUAAUGUCAGUUAGGCGGUAUUGGUGGUUAACCGUCGAUAUUGAAUGUAACCCAGUAAAAGAUAAAAUGUAACCAAACAACGAGACACCUGUCCAAACAUUCAAAUUCAGGCUGAUUGUUGAUUUUUUUUAUAAAAUCUAUAAUUGAAUUUUAGGCUUCAUUAAAGCGAAGCAAAAUACUUUACUGUU